UACCGUCUGCAGCUUUUCACCACAAUGAGUUAGCAGUCAGCAGUCUUGUUGAUUCAGCCGCAUUCUUCCAGCCCCCUUUCCUGGUAAUUUAGGGAUUUUUUUGUGGAGUUGUUCCCUCCCUUCAUCACCAGGAAAAACCUUUACCUCCACCCUCACAUUAUUCCACUUCCUCGCUGCAUUCGGACUUAAAUCAGAGCUCAGCGGACGUCCAGCUCCAGGUCUGGUGUUUUGAAAAUGUCUUAUUUGCCACGUAAAUAGCUGAACUAUUAACUGAGGAGGGAGAAGACCUGCUGCACGAACACCGACUGAAAACCCUGAGAGUUAAUCUCCUCCAGCCUCAGAAUCAGAAUCAGAAAACCUUUAUUCGUCCCUCAGAGGGGACAUUUACAUUAGUUACAGCGAGAAAAGAGCCAAACACAGCUUCAUGUUAAGUAAGAAGCAUAACAAAACAUACUAAGGACAAAAUUAGACAAUUUACAAAAUACACAUCCUGUAACCGUUCUGAAGAUAUAGCAGCCAGGUGCCUUAAACAUGGCGAAAGUCAUCCACGUCAGUAAAAAUGUGGGCCUGGGGCUUCUGGUGCUGGCGGCCAUUGCUCUGGUUAUAAUUAUAGCUUUAUCCGCCGCCUUAGAUAAAGAAAAGGCCAAGAAGCGAGGAGGAAACAGUGAGGAUGGAGCAACAGGCAGCACCAGUGUUCCCAUUACUACACUUUUCACCCCAAAAGAGCCGUGGGACAAAUACAGACUCCCAGAAUCCCUUUCUCCUGUUUCCUAUAACGUCACCUUGUUUCCUCGGUUGAAACCCGACGCUAACGGACUCUAUAUCUUCACUGGAGAAUCGACAGUGGUGUUCAAAUGUGUGAAGGAAACAGACCUGAUCAUCAUCCACUCCAACAAGCUGAACCUCACCAACUUCGAUGGGUUCCUCGCCAAGUUGAGCGCCGUGGGUGAAGCAUCUUCUCCAUCGAUUCUGAAGUCGUGGCUCGUUGUGAAGACGGAGUAUUUGGUUCUUCAGUUGAGUCGCAGAUUAAGUGUUGGAGCGAUGUAUGUUCUGCACACUGAGUUUCAGGGCGAGCUGGCAGACGACCUGGAGGGUUUCUACAGGAGCGAAUACACUGAUGACGGAGUGAAGAAAGUUGUUGCUACCUCACAGAUGCAGGCUACGUAUGCCAGGAAAACCUUCCCUUGCUUCGACGAGCCGGCCAUGAAAGCUUCCUUCAACGUCACCAUCGUUCACGAGAGAGAAACCGUGGCUCUGUCCAACGGCAUCGAGACCGACUCUGCAGACUCCAUCAUCGACGGCGUUCCCGUCAAAGUGACGACGUUCGAGCCCACGGCGAAGAUGUCCACAUACCUGCUGGCCUUCAUCGUCUGUGACUUCGUUAGCAUCGGUAAAGACAGCAACCUGCAGAUCCGAAUUUGGGCUCGCAGGAAAGCGAUAGAAGACAAACAGGGAGAUUACGCUCUGAACGUCACAGGGCCGAUCCUUCAUUUCUAUGAACAAUACUACAACACAUCGUACCCACUCUCAAAGUCAGAUCAGAUCGCUCUCCCUGACUUUAACGCCGGGGCGAUGGAGAACUGGGGUCUGGUGACCUACAGAGAGACGGCCCUGCUGUUCGACCCCUUAAUGUCCUCCACUGGAAACAAAGAGAGAGUCACCACCGUCAUCGCACAUGAACUCGCUCACAUGUGGUUUGGGAACCUGGUGACUCUGCAGUGGUGGAACGACCUGUGGCUGAACGAGGGCUUUGCGUCGUUCGUUGAAUACCUCGGGGCGGACUACGCAGAGCCCACCUGGAACAUUAAAGAUCACAUCGUCCUGUCUGAUGUCCAAAAAGUGUUCGCUGUGGACGCUCUCGCCUCCUCUCACCCUCUGUCCCGCAGAGAAGAGGAGGUCAACACCCCGGCUCAGAUCAGCGAGAUGUUCAACACCAUCUCCUACAGCAAGGGAGCCGCGGUGCUCAGGAUGCUCUCAGAGUUUCUCACUGAGCCGGUGUUCGCCAAAGGACUCAGUUCUUACCUGAACACGUUUGCCUUCAGCAACACGGUGUACACAGACCUGUGGGACCAUCUGCAGCAGGCAGUUGAAAACACACCCAGUAUCGUUAUUCCUCACACCGUCCACGACAUUAUGAACCGCUGGACUCUUCAGAUGGGCUUCCCUGUCGUCACCAUCGACACUCGGACAGGAAGUGUUACCCAGAAGCACUUCCUGGUGGAUCCUGACUCUGUGGUGGAGAGACCCUCUCAGUUCAAUUACACAUGGUUUGUCCCGAUCAAAUGGAUGAAGACAAGCGUAGAGCAGCAACAGUACUGGCUCCUUCAAAAGACAGACACCCAUGAGAUGAUGCGAGUUUCAGGAGAGGACUGGGUUCUGGCCAACACUAAUGUUUCCGGGUACUUUAGGGUCAACUAUGAUCCGGAAAACUGGGAUCGUCUCCUCACCUUGCUCAACACCAACCAUCAGGCUUUAUCAAUCAUCAACAGAGCACAGAUCAUCGAUGAUGCAUUCAACCUAGCAAGGGCCAAGAUAAUCGAUACAACAUUGGCCCUGAGAACGACCAAAUACCUGUCCAAUGAAACAGAAUACAUCCCCUGGGAGUCGGCCCUGAGAAACCUCAACUACUACAUCCUCAUGUUCGACCGCACGGAGGUCUAUGGAGCUUUACAGCCAUACUUCAAGCGACAAGUCGAACCAUUGUUUGAGUACUUCAAGAAGAUUACAGCUAACUGGACCAAAGUACCAACAGGACACACUGACCAGUAUAAUGAGAUCAAUGCUAUUGGAAUGGCAUGCAGUAUGGGGGUGAAGGGCUGCAGGGAGCUAAUCCAAAGAUGGUAUGGAGAGUGGAUGGAAAAUCCACAAUUAAACCCGAUCCAUCCCAACUUGAAGAGCACAGUUUACUGCCAUGCUAUAGCUCGCGGAGGUGUGGAGGAGUGGGAUUUUGCCUGGAAAAUGUUCAAGAACGCCACUUUAGCAUCUGAAGCCUCCAGACUUCGUGCCGCCAUGGCCUGCACCAAAGCUCCCUGGCUUUUAAACAGGUAUCUGGAGUACACCUUAGAUCCAAUGAAAAUCCGCAAGCAGGACGCCACCUCGACCACCAGAGCAUCGCAGGAAAACGUGGUGGGGAUGCCGCUCGCCUGGAACUUCGUCAGAGGGAGAUGGAGCUACAUUUUCAACAUGUACGGAAAAGGAUCUUUUUCCUUCUCUAAUCUCAUCAGCGGCAUCACCAGGAGGUUCUCCACAGAGUUUGAGUUACAGGAGCUGAUGAAAUUUAAAGAAGACAACCUCCAUGUUGGAUUUGGCUCGGCCACCUUGGCGUUGGAGCAGGCGAUCGAGAAAACCAGGGCCAACAUCAAAUGGGUGACGGAGAAUAAAGCUCCUGUGAUGAAGUGGUGUACAGAGGAAUCAUCAAAAUGACACACAGGGACACGCAAUGAAUGAUAAUCACUAUAAUCAUCUUUUUCUUGGUAACCGUUGCGCAAAAAAAGGACAAUUACGUCACCGGUCAUCCACGUCAGUGCUGGAGGAAACACAUCAUUAUAUAUCAGAGCUGGAAAUAGAUACACACUCGCACCUCUAGUGUGUGAUUGUCAGAGAAAAAGGCAUUUUAAUACAUUUUUCUACACGGAAAAAACGGAUAUAUUGACU